AUGGGUGAGCGUAAGGGACAGAACCACUACUACCCGCCCGACUUCAACUACAAGAAGCACAAGUCGCUCAACCACUACCAUGGCACGCAUGCGCUACGCGAGAGGGCCGCCAAGCUCGGCGAGGGCAUCAUGAUCAUCCGCUUCGAGAUGCCGUACAACAUCUGGUGCCUCGGCUGCAACAACCACGUCGGCAUGGGCGUUCGUUACAAUGCCGAAAAGAAAAAGAUUGGAAAGUACUACACGACGACGCUGUACGAGUUCCGGAUGAAGUGCCACCUGUGCGACAAUUGGUACACGAUACAUACGGAUCCAAAGAAUUUGGACUACGUUUGCGUCGAGGGCUGUAGGAGGCAGCAGAAGCAAUGGGACCCCGAGGAAAAUGGGCAAUUUCCGGGGUAUGAAAGGACGAAAGCGGGAAGCGCAAUGAGCCAAAAGCUGGCCGCGGAUGCAAUGUUUAAGCGGGAGCAUGGAGAAAAGGAUAAAGCCAAAGCCGACACCACCGAAAAAGACCUAAACGGCCUGGAAUGGCUGCAAGAAAGGAUGCGGGACGACUACUCGGCAAACUCGCAUCUGAGGGCACGGUUUAGGGCCGAGAAGAAGGAAUUGAAUGAGAUCCGAGCCCGUGAUGAUGCGCUACGCGCGCGCGGCUGCCUGACGAUCCCGUUGGCGCCGGAGCGCGAGGACGACAAGCGCAUCGCCGGCCAGAUCAUACAGCAGGCGAGGCUGAAAACGCACGAAACCACGAAAGAAGAAGCCCGCGAAGCUAUCGAGUCCCGCCGGAUUUAUGGGAACAGGCCUUCCACCUCUGGAGCCUCCGGCGCUUCGACGUCCACCCCGAAAAGCGCCUCCGAGAUGCUGAAGGAAUCGGUGAAAUUGGCGAAAGCUAAAUGGAUCAACGAGAAGUUUGCGGACGGUCGCCCGGCGGAGAAGGCGCCGAAUAUACUCGGGAUCGUCCGGCGGAAACGUGUGAAGGAAGAGGUCGAUGAUGAUGACGUGCAAAUCGUCGAGCCCAAGGCCGAGGUGAAGGAUGAAGCUUCGGAAGAGCCGGUGGAGAAAUUUAUGAAGCCCGACGUUACCGAUGAAGACGUCAAGUCGGAGCCGGGCUGCUCUCGAUUCACCCCGGCCAGCGCCAGCGGCCUCGUCGACUAUGGAAGUGCAAGCGAUUCCGGUUCAGAU